AUGGGAUAGAGCGUAAAGUGUUGUAAUAAGUAAGAAGACAGUCUAUCAGAAAUUUAUUCAUAACAGAUCUAAGCUGAGUACUUUGGUCCUGAAUAUGCUCAUUAGUACUAAAUACAAACGAAAUUUAUAACUCAUUUUUAAGCAUAUGAUAAUGAAGAGAAACAAUUAAGAAAAGAAACUCAAACACUCUCUACUCGAAAUCAUGUUGAUUCAGAGUUAGCUUAAAGCCCGUUUUAGAAAAACGAUAAAUAUUUAAUUAAUACCGAUUAAAUUCUUGAUUCCUUUUUUAAUCUUGAUUCUAAUAAUUCCAACUCAUCAUAUGAAAAUUCAAUAUGUGCUAAUAACAGUAUACUCAAAAAAACGAAUUAAUAAACACCUAAACAUACAAAAUGUGUGAAAUUCAAAGAUAUUUGUUCUAAAAUAUCAUUUAGUAUCUCUCAAAAAAAGGAAUUAGGCUAAUCAUUAAAGAUACAGCAUAAAUAAUUUCAUUUAUUUUUUGAGAAAUAUUACUACUUUAUAUUUAAUUUAUUCUUUAUAAUUGAUGAAUUUCUAUUGAUUAAAUAAAAAUUUAAAAGUCCUAUUUUAUAAAUUUCACACUAUUUUUUCAACAAAUAAGAAACAUUAUAACCAUAUUAAGAUGAAUCAAAAUUCAUUAUUAUUAACGCCAUUUAAUUUAAUUAAUAACAUUUCUGCUAUGAAACAUAUUUAAACAAAUUUGUUAAAUGA